AUGGACUUAUUCAAAAAACCAAACUUCGGUCCUCCCCCUCCAGGCUAUGUCCCUGGUAUAGGCCGCGGAAUUGUCCCUAUAUUUACCCGCUCUGAUAUAGGUGACGCUGCCUCUCCAAACUCCAACAUAAAGUAUUUUUUAUAUAGCCCCACCAAAGGAACUCGAGGCCAUGAGCACGAUCGAGGCGACUACUCUGACACUUUAUUCGACAAAUGGUCAGGAUUUGAUGACAAGCCAUUUGUCCAGGAAACCUAUGAUGAAGAAGACAAAGAAGCUGAUAGGGCUUACAAAUAUGUUGAUGACUAUAUGGACACUCGCAGAAAACGCCAACGAGAAACCACUGCAAAAGAAAUUUUAUCCACCCACAAGCGAAAAGUCCCGGCUGAAAUUUUCGCUGAUUUAAAGCCAGAUCUCGCUACAAUUUCCAAUGGUAAGUGUAAUAUUCAUAUAGAAGAGUGAUUGAAUUUGCCUGAAGCAAAAUCUCAUAUGAAAACCAAAAAGAAAAAAGACCAUCAUAUCCCUAUCUCAGACAGAGUUAUACAAGAAUCUUAUCAGGAGAGCCAAAUAUCCUCAGGAGUGGUUACAACCCUAAAUGAAGCAAAAGGACUUGUGAUUUCGUCUCAGAUAAAAAAGGUGAAUACAGAAAGUAUCGUCCCAUCUGUUGAUCCAAAAGGAUAUAUAACACAAAUGGAAUCAAUGAAGCCAUUUUCUGUCGAUGAAGUUGAAGAUUUAAAAAAAAUCAGGACUAUUGUAAAAUCAUUAAUCACUACAAAUCCACAUCAGCCUCAUGGGUGGCUCUCUGCAAGCAGAAUUGAAGAAAAAGAUGGAAAUAUUGCAGCUGCACGAAAACUUCUUAGGGAAGGAUGUGAAAAAUGCCCGGACUCUGAAGAUUUGUGAAUUGAGUCAGCAAGGCUUGAAAAUAAUGAAAAUGCGAAAAAAAUUUUAGCUAAAGCAGCUGCAUUCUUGCCGAAAUCAGUAAAAAUUUGGCUAACUGCUAGUGAAAAUGAGACAAAUAAUGAAAAUAAAAUUAGGGUGCUGAAAAAAGGGCUAGAAUUAAACCCAGAUUCUGUAAGGCUGUGGAAAGAAAUAGUAUCGUUAUGUGAUGAGAACCAAGCUAAAGUUUAUUUACGAAGAGCGUCUCAGUGUAUUCCUCACAAUUUAGAGCUAUGGCUUGCAUUUGCAAAAAUUGAGAGCUAUAAAAAUGCUAGGGCUAUUUUAAAUGAAGCAAGGAAAAAAAUGCCUUAUGAACCACUUAUAUGGAUAAAUGCUGCAAAAUUAGAAGAAGCUGAAGGGAAUAUCGGCAAUAUCCAAACUUUAAUCGACAGAGGCAUCAAAACUCUUUCUAAAAGUGGAGUCGAAAUAAAUAGAAAAACUUGGCUUCAAGAAGCAAUAAAUGCUGAACAGUCUGGAAGCUUUUUAACUGCGAAAGCAAUCAUUAAAUCUACUAUGAACGUAGGCUUAUCAGAAGACCAAAGAAUUUUUGCAUGGAUUGAAGAUAUUGAUAUGAUUUUUAAAGAAAAUUGCUUCACAUCUGUAAGGUGCCUUAUUGAUGAAGCCUUAAAGUAUUGCCCAAGAGAAAAAAAGCUAUGGAAAAUUGCAAUUAAAUUAGAAAAACAGCUGAGUGACCAAGAAAGACUAUGGAAGUUAUUGAAUUCUGGAUGCAAAGCAUGCUCAAGCUCUAAAAAACUGUGAAAAGAUGCUUUAUCGUUUGCAAUUGUCCAUUAUCCUGCAGAAUUUACUAAUUUAGCAAUGGAAGCGCUUAAAAUUCAUGAAAACUCUGAAAAUUUGUAUAGACUGAUAGUAAGCCAAGAAAUUUCUCGAGGCAGGUUUUCUGAAGCACAAGACUUUUUAGCCAUUGGGAUGGCUAAAUGUGAAGGCUGGGCCCUAUGAAAAGAAGCCAUAAAACUACAUAUAGGCCUUGCAAAUAAUGAAAAAGCUUUAGAAAUUAUCAAUCAAGCCAUUGAAAAGUUCCCAUCAGUCCCUUCAUUUUAUAUAGCAGGCGCCAAAUUGCUUAAAGACACUAAUAAAGACCUAUCAUUUGUUUUGCUUCAAAAAGGGCAAGAAUUAAUUCCUAAUAAUGGAAAAUUAUGGAUUGAAGCAAGCAAAAUUGAGGAGGAAAAAGGAAACGAUAUGAGGGCGAGAUAUUUUCUUGAAAAAGGAAGAAAAUUAAGCAAAGAUGCAUCAGUUUGGGUUUUUUCUGUAAAUUUUGAAAAUAAAAAAGGAAAUUCAAAGGCGGCGUCGUUUUUGUUGAGCCAAGGGCUGCAAGAGUUUUUAAAAGAUGGGAAACUGUGGUCUCUUGCUAUUGAAAUGGCAAACAUAAAGGAAAGAAAAGCGAAAAUAUUGCAAGCUUUAGAGAGCUGUGGGGAUUCUCCUUAUCUUUUGUUAGCGAUUGCUAAAACAUUUUUAAGCGAUCAGAAGUACGAAAAAUCUAGAAUUUGGUUUGAAAAAGCAUUAAAAGAAGGAAGUUGGCUUGGGGAUAUAUGGAUUUUUUAUUAUUCAAUGGAGUUGAAAUUAGAACAAAAAAUGAAUUCGGAAAAUAUUUUAGAAAGAAGCGACAAUUGCGAAAUAUUGAAAGGAGAGCUGUGGAGAACGACCAAAAAAAUAAUGCCAUUAAAUGCAAAAAAUAGUGACUCCCUCCUUUAAAUUGGAGAAAAUUUGUGUUUUGAUAAGAAAACUUUAUAGGUGAAAAUAUUUGUACUAUAAAAUUAGUUUUGCCUAAUUUAAUUGGAAAAAAUGGAAGCAAAAUAAUAAUAUUUAAACAGUUUCACGCUGAGUUGGUUAUAAAAAUAAAUUAAAAUUUAGAUUUUUUUUAUUAAUUGUUUUAUUGAGAAAAAUUUAAACCCUUUUUGGGUGGGACAGGAUUUUUGUUCCAAUUUAAAGUGGGGAGAGUGAGAUAAUUAAAGCUAGUGCUAUUAGGUAA